AUGGCCCGUCGCGCAGCACCACCCGGCUCCGGCCCCGCCUACUACAACCCCGCCGCCCUGAGCCGCGGCCCGUCCGUCGACCCGAACGAGAGCGCCUUCUCGCGCUUCCUCCGCGAGCAGAUAUUCUCGCCUGAGAAGUUGCCCGGCAAUAUCUCCAUCGCUACGGGCUUGGGCGUGUUCUUUGAUGAGGGACGGGGAGAGGAUGGUUUCUCGAGGCUUAGACCGUGCUCGAGCAUCGUUCUGUGA